GCGGCUGCGGGCCCGGUUCCCCGCGGCCUCCGCGGUCCCCGGAGCCCCUGACCGGGUCCCCAGCCACCACUGAGCCUCACACACCCACUGGGGACGGAAGAGAGUCCCCGGGCCACCAGAGGAGCUGUCUUCUUACGCGCUGGGCGUGAUGCAGGAGCAGCGACGCCUACUGGGAAGCCGCGUUGGACUCCACUCCUGGUGGAUUUAUGCAAAUAGGAAAAGCAACAAAUGGGAGUCUGUCGCUCCACGCCCUCACCAGCACCUGUGUUGUCAGGACUUUGGAUUUUAGCCCUUCUGGAUCACCCCCACCCCCAUCUGCCCCAGGUUUGGAGUCUCAGCCUUUGGUUCUAUCCUGAAUUGAGAAGGGAGAGAUUGGAGCCCGGAGUAUCUGCAGCAGAAGUGUUUUGCACAAGCACAUCACAGUUCACGGUUUUUGUUGGUUCACGUGUAUACGGUUCUUCUCCCCAACUAGAAGCCCUUGGAGGGGAGCAGAAUAUGACCUCCCCAGACAUGCUGCUUUGGCCUAAGGAUUAUUUUGAGAUGACAGCAGCUGAGAAGCAGCCCUCUGCUGUCCCCUGUUCACCUCAACACAGGACCCGACUCUGUAAAGGCGCCCACUUCCCUCUCUGCCAGGAAGGACAGAACACCAGAGGACGGAUCAUUGCCCAUAUCCCGUCCAACCACAGGGACACAUUCCGGGCACUGGAUUUGAGGGAGAGACGUUGGGCGCCUACACACCUGAGGAUUACAGCCAAGAAUAUCUACACAGGAUGCCAACGUGUCUAACUGAAGUUUCCCAGCCACCCUCAUUGGUGGAUGCAGUCAUGUGACACAGUUCUGUCUAAUAAGGUCUUCAGAGGAGGAGUAGAGACAAAGGCACGCAUUCGAUCUGCAGAGUUAACGGAAAGUUGACAGUGGCAGGAGAGAAGACAAACAUGGGUGAGUCUAUGCUAGGA